AUGGGUUGGUUUCCUACAGCUUCUGUUCCGCCACUGGCACAACAGUUACUUCCACCACUUUCUUCGUCACUUUAUAAAGGUGAAUGUGGUCGGAUAGGUGUUGUUGGUGGUUCUCCCACUUAUACUGGUGCUCCAUUUUUUGCAGCAAUGACGGCUCUAAGAGUGGGAGCUGAUAUGGUGCACGUAUUUGCUCCACCAGAGGCAGCUAGGGUAAUCAAGGGCUACAGUCCAGAACUAAUGGUGCAUCCAUCAUACGACCGCAAUACUCUUCGGGAAUCACUGCAUCGAUUGGAUGCACUUGUUUUAGGACCGGGAUUGGGUAGGGCAGACAGUUCUUUUGAGACUGUGGAACAUGUUGUUGAAGCAGCACGUGAAAAACAGUUACCUUUGGUUAUUGACGCUGAUGGAUUAUUUUUUGUGAGCAAAAAGUUGGAAAUUAUCAAAGGAUACAAAAAAGCUAUUCUAACGCCAAACUUUCCUGAAUUUGGUCGUCUUUAUGAGGCUGCAUUUAAUGGUACGAAAGCUGUGGAGGAAAAAUUGAAAAGUGGUGAGGCUGCGAAAGAACUUGCGAAUCAUCUUGGUUGUACAGUAUUUCAGAAAGGCAGUAAGGACAUAAUAACCGAUGGUGCUGAAGUUGAACUUGGAGAAGAAGAGGGCUCUCCUCGUCGAUGUGGUGGUCAAGGCGACUUGUUGAGUGGAACUCUGGCAGUAUUCUUUUAUUGGGCAGAAAGAAAAAAUCUCCCUUCGCCUUCUGUAAUAGCUGGUAAAGCAGCUAGUCAGUUUAUUCGCUUAGGAGCACGACGGAGUUUUAAGAAACAUGGUCGUUCUAUGGUUGCUGGUGACAUAAUUGAUGAAAUUCCUGCUUUGAUAGCUGAUCUUGAUGGGUAUUCUGAAUAA